CAAGUUUCCACUCCACAUGGCUACUGCUAUUCCGAAGAUCGUAGGUAAGGCACGCAAAGGCUCCAAAGCUGCGUUGGCUGCGAAUAAGCGCCUUAUGCUUAGAGGGGCUCCUCCUGUCGGGGCGGUGUAUAAAAUGUCCCCGGUCGAGCUACGACGCAGCAUGCAGAAAGUAGCACGUGAACGCAUCUGGAAGAAUGACCUAUGGGAAGCUUAUAUGUUCCGGGCAGCGGCGCUCCGAACUGAGCUGCUGGUUACAGAUCUCUGCCUGAUUCUAGACGCUACAGCUUUGGGGAAGAAGCGCUCGCCGGCCUUGGCCCGGUUCCUGUUAGACGAGGUAGUCCGUAAAGGCAACAACGUGAACUAUAAGAUGUCGUUUCGUGAUGUUGUGAUGGCCCUCAACGCUGGCGCAAAGAUGCGCCUUGGCGGAGACAAGCGGUGGGCUGACGAGUUAGUCACGAUGGGCCUCCGGAGGAUCUCUGGGACAGAUCGGCAUGCUGUCUCUCCGAAUGACAUUGCUCUCUUUUUGCACUCCCUCACGCGCCUGUGCGUGAGUACAACCCAAAUGGAGGCGGCCCGGAACAGUGUGGCCAGUGAGGUGACGCCGAGAAUACCCAAGCUGACGGACGGCCACACCCUGUCACUUCUACUGCACGGUUUUAGUCCCCUGGGGAGUGCAGGGUUGGAGGAGGCAACAGAGUAUGAGGAUCGAGGAGACGAGGAAGAGGCUGAGGAGGACGAGCCUUUCGAAGAACAUGGUAGGGAGGAUCAGAGAGACACGACUAAGGAGAAUACGAUAACGCACAGGCCGGUGUUGAAGAUGCUGUUCAAGCAGGUUGUCGAGCAUAUCAAUAAGGAACGAGUAUUCAAUAAUAUGGAUGUGGCCCACGUCAUACUGGCUGUUGUCAACAUAUAUCGUCGAUCUCCGAAGGAGCUCGAGCCGAACGGUUUGGUUCCUCCUAGUCUCAUACCCGCAUUGAAUGGCCGUAUAGAAGAGUUAACGGCCAAGAUGAAGCCACGCGACAUCGUUCGAUUCAUGCGGUACACUGCUCAGCUACCGGUUAUCGAGACGGGCAAGCUUCUACCCGAAAUACUAUAUAGGAUUCGCCAUUUCACUCCAGCGUCCUGUCUGGAAAUUCUCAGACUACUACGCCAAAAUCCUGGCUACGACGAGCACGGCAAAGUUGAGUCCACCAUUUUCUAUCGGCUCAUUCGUGGGGAUUCGGCGAGAUUCCUCACAUUCGAACAGGUCUGUCAUCUAGCCGGCGUGGUCCUCGAGGAUUCUCCCACUUGGGAGGCCCGAGAGUGUCUGCUGACAUGCUUGUUGAAGUUUAAGGCCAAGAACGAGGGAGUGCCGCCACCUGAAGUGGUCAUCCACGCGAUCAGCGUCUACUCUCGGCUGGGCAUCCGAGACACGCAUUGGGUGCACGUUUGCAACAGCACGCUGUAUCCUCUGCCGGAGCUUCCACCCCCAAUCCUGGCAAUGCUCGCCUCGGCGCUGGCUCGUCUCUCUCUUCCUACGGUAGCAGAUCAGUUGGGGGUUUACGUGGCGGCUCAGAAUUCUGAUUGGAACUCAGUCGAGCCAUCAGCUGCAGCUUCGCUCCUCUAUUCGGCUGCGCUAUUUGCACUGCAACCUCCUGGGCGGCAGCCUGAGACGAUGACGGCAGAAACGCUGCAACCAGCACUUGUCCGAGCACGACGGGUCGCGAAGAAGGAUCCGGAGGUGGCCUCCGCUUUGGGUCUCUUCGCCGUUACAGAUGUGGGAAAAGCCAUGGGAGCGACAGCCCCUCUAGUACAGACUAAUCGGCCAAGAUGCGGCUUUGAAGUGUCCUUGCUGGACCACAUACGACAAAACUGGACGGGAGUUGACAUAAUCGAGAACGCGGUGACUGUGGGACCUGUUGUGGCCCUAGCUGCGAUAUCUCCCAUACAAGUCGCAGCCUUUGCUCAGAGGCGGGCAGCAAUCUCGGAGGGAGACUAUGGUGAUGAGUUCGAAUUUCCCAAGGCGCCCCCUUUGAAACCGGACGACUGGGUCAUUUUGGAAGCUCUUUCGGACGGCCACAAGACUUGGUAUCAUUACUCUGAAGCCUUGGCGUCACAAACGAUGAGACAUCGCCGACACACUGUGAACGCAGCGAGAUACGCAGAGCUGCAGGCCUUGCGGACGAAGGGGUACCGAGUUCUCUGCGUCAGCGAGUACAUGUGGCCGGGUGACUCUGAGAAGCGUACGGACGUUAUUCUCGAUCAAUUCGCUCACUUGGCGAGCGGAAAGAGAGAAGUUGAGUGGAAGAGAGUCGUGGAGGGCAAUACUCCCGUUGUGAAUAAUGAUGUUCUCAGCCAUGUCUCUGAUUCAUCAUGAUGUUUCUG